AUGACGUCCUUUCUCAAAUGGUACGAGCACAACAAGCCUGUGCCCUACCGUAGUGUGCUCCAGGAGAAAAUCGAGCCCGGACAGACUUUGAUCGUCAAGGGUUCGACCAUUGAUGAAUCACAAAGGUUCACCAUCAAUUUGCACUCGAAGUCGGCAGAUUUCUCCGGCAACGAUGUUCCAUUGCAUAUUUCCGUUCGUUUUGAUGAGGGAAAAAUUGUCAUGAACACAUUCUCGAACGGGGAAUGGGGAAAGGAAGAGCGUAAAUCGUGCCCAAUCAAGAAGGGAGAUUCGUUCGAUAUCCGAAUUCGAGCUCACGAUGAUCGAUUCCAGGUCAUCAUCGAUCAAAAAGAAUUCAAGGACUACGAGCACCGUCUGCCGCUCACUUCGAUCACUCAUCUUUCAAUUGAUGGCGAUCUGUACCUGAACCAUGUGCACUGGGGUGGAAAGUACUACCCCGUCCCCUAUGAAAGCGGUAUCGCUGCCGGGUUCCAAGUCGAUAAAACCCUCCUCAUCUUCGGUACCGUCGAGAAGAAGGCGAAACGUUUCAAUGUCAACCUACUUAGACGAAAUGGAGACAUUGCGCUGCAUUUUAAUCCACGAUUUGAUGAGAAGGCCGUAAUUCGAAACGCAUUGGCGGCGAACGAGUGGGGAAAUGAGGAAAGAGAGGGGAAGAUGCCUUUCGAGAAAGGUGUUGGAUUUGACCUCGCCAUCAAGAACGAAUCCUACGCAUUCCAGAUCUUUGUGAACGGCGAGCGCUUCACAUCAUUCGCUCAUCGUUCGGAUCCCAACGACAUCACCGGCCUUCAGAUCCAAGGUGACAUUGAGCUGACCGGCAUCCAGAUCCAGUAA